CUGAAAAGAUAAUAAAAAAAAAAAAAAAAAAUAAUAAAAAAUGAUCAAAUUCGUACUUUUGUCGGUAUUUUUGGCGCAAUUUGUCGCUGCAGGUCCCAUUGAAGAAGAUCACGGACCAAAAUUAGAAGAAGUCAAUAAAUAUUUGUAUGGCGAACCUCAUCCGGAGUGGUUGAAGUACGUUGAUGACGAAGGAAAAUUCGAUCCAAAAUUGUUGCCGAAAAGCAAAGCUCGUACUAUCGUUGGUGAUCUCAUCAUGCCCGCCUUUGAUGCUGAGAAAAAGGUCAAAUUUUGGUUAUACACGAAAAAAGAGCCCGUUCGUCGUCAAAUUUUGCUCGAAGACUUGGAAUCGCUCAAAGAAUCGACUUUUGAUCCAACUCACCCGAUCCGGUUUUUGGUGCAUGGCUGGCAAAACGACGAAACAUCAGACAUGAUUCAAAUGAUCAAAGAUGCUUACCUCAAAAAAGCCGAUUUUAACAUUUUUGUCAUCGAUUGGGGCAAAGGCGCCAGCAGCAUCAACUACUACGGAAGUCGUCAUCGUGUCGGAGAUGUUGCCGAAGUCGCAACUCGCUUCAUCCAAUUCUUAAUUACGAAUUUCAACGUGAAAACGAAGGACAUUCAGAUGAUCGGACAUUCUCUUGGUGCCCAUAUUUGCGGUUUAACAGGCAAAAACUUCGAAGACGACAAAAUUUCAGUGAUUGUUGGUUUGGAUCCCGCUUCUCCGUUGUUCUCGGUGAAGAAAUAUUACAACAGAUUGGAUGUCGACGAUGCGGAAUAUGUCGAAGUGAUUCACACGGCAGCUGGUAGCUUGGGUUUUGACGAACCAAUUGGCACAGCAGAUUUUUAUCCCAAUUUCGGACGAAGUCAACCGGGAUGCGGAUGGGAUUUGACGGGCGCUUGUGCUCAUAGUCGUGCCUACGAGUACUUUACAGAGUCGAUUUUGAGCGAUGUGGGUUUCUGGUCGAAUCAGUGCGGGGAUUACAGCACGGAAAUUAAGAAGGAAAAAUGUUCGCCGACUGGAGCGGUUGUUACGCUGGGCGGAGAUCCGUUGCAUGUCAUGAGAGCAGUUGGCAAUUAUCACUUGGAGACGAACAAGAAUGCACCUUAUGCUCUUGGGUUGACGGAAAAUAUUUUGAGAAAUUGAGUUGGGAAAUUUGUUUGCUAUUAUUGAUAAUAUUUAUCAGCAACGAAUUUUUGUUAUCUUCUUCUUUUGUAAAAAAA